GCGGGGCAGCCAUUGGCGGCGGAGUAUCACGUGACCGCGGGGGCGUGCCAAUGUGCGCCCUCAAGGGUGUCAAGCCCCUGUCAGAGUGUGCGAUCAAGAUUGUGAGACAACGCGAUGCAAAAAGCGACCUACUACGACAGUUCGGCGAUCUACGGUGGCUACCCCUACCAGGCAGCCAACGGGUUCGCUUAUAAUGCCAAUCAGCAGCCGUAUCCGGCGUCCUCGGCACUGGGCACUGAUGGCGAGUACCACCGACCUGCCUGUUCACUCCAGUCGCCCGCCAGCGCCGGGGGCCACCCCAAGGCGCACGAGCUGAGCGAGGCGUGUCUGCGCACCCUGAGUGGCCCACCCAGCCAACCCCCAGGCCUCGGCGAGCCCCCCCGGGCCCCCCCGCCCCCCCAGGCCGCGCCCCCUGCUCCACAGCAGCCUCAACCCCCGCCACAGCCCCCAGCACCCGCUCCUGCCGCGCCCCCGCCCCCCUCUUCAGUUUCCCCACCUCAGAAUGCCAGCAGCAACCCCACGCCUGCCAGCGCAGCCAAGAGCCCCCUACUCAACUCACCCACCGUGGCCAAACAAAUCUUCCCCUGGAUGAAAGAGUCUCGGCAAAACACAAAGCAGAAAACCAGCGGCUCCAGCUCAGGGGAGAGCUGCGCUGGCGACAAGAGUCCGCCUGGGCAAGCGUCGUCCAAACGGGCGCGCACCGCCUACACGAGCGCGCAGCUGGUGGAGCUGGAGAAGGAAUUCCACUUCAACCGCUACCUGUGCCGGCCGCGCCGGGUAGAGAUGGCCAACCUGCUGAACCUCACAGAGCGCCAGAUCAAGAUCUGGUUCCAGAAUCGCCGCAUGAAGUACAAGAAGGAUCAGAAGGGCAAGGGCAUGCUGACGUCAUCAGGGGGCCAGUCCCCAAGUCGUAGCCCGGUGCCCCCCGGCGCGGGCGGCUAUCUGAACUCUAUGCAUUCGCUGGUCAACAGCGUCCCAUACGAGCCCCAGUCGCCCCCGCCUUUCUCCAAGCCUCCCCAGGGUGCCUAUGGGCUGCCCCCCGCCUCCUACCCCGCACCCCUGCCAAGCUGCGCGCCCCCACCGCCCCCACAGAAGCGCUACACCGCGGCGGGGGCAGGGGGCACACCCGACUAUGACCCGCACGCUCAUGGCCUGCAGGGCAACGGCAGCUAUGGGACCCCACACUUACAGGGAAGCCCCGUCUUCGUGGGGGGCAGCUAUGUGGAGCCCAUGAGCAACUCUGGGCCUGCCCUCUUUGGCCUAACUCACCUCCCCCACGCCGCCUCGGCAGCCAUGGACUACGGGGGUGCUGGGCCACUGGGCAGCGGCCACCAUCACGGGCCCGGGCCAGGGGAGCCGCACCCCACCUACACGGACCUUACCGCCCACCAUCCUUCUCAGGGAAGAAUUCAGGAAGCCCCCAAGCUCACCCACCUGUGAUGGUGGGCUCGGGGCUGCGCGCCAGGAGAGUCCCCCCCCCCCCC